CCAUUCCCCAUCACCUCCACAGGCCUUCCAUAUCGGCAGCGGGCCUCGUUAAGAAGGUGGGACUGGCGACACUUGCGACAGGUGUGAGAGAAUCCUCUUCCUCUGUCUAUAUCUACACAGUCUCAGUGGAGGCUUUGAGGACACCACUGUCAGGCGGCAGUCACCCGAAUAUUGAUUAGUCACGGACGGACCUAGCAGGAUUCUAGCGGAGGGAGAGAGUCUGAGCAGUGUCAGUACUGCCACACUGUGGCACAAGGGGACAGCUACCUGGCUGCUGCUUCAUCUCAGUCUGCUCCGAGCCGUCUAUAGGCAGCCUGGCCACUGCCAUCUCACAUCCUCCGACUGGUAGUAUCGGUGAAUGGUGCCGUGGCGGGGAUGUACGGGUGAAGCUGUCAGCUGAGCGGAAGAUGCAUGUGGAGUAAGUCCGACUGAGAUAGCUGGCAUGGGUACUCUGUGUCCAGGAUAACUGUCUACAGCUGUGGGAUGUGAGGUCCUCGUGGACUGUCCAGAGGCACCAUGGUCGUUAUGGGUACUGGUGUUGUUUGACGUGAUGCAUCACCUGUACAUGACAUCCUUUUAAUCCACACUGACUCUAUUAGUAGUAGUAGUUUGUAGAUGUUGUUGAUGAAACCCAGGGACAAGUAAUUACUGUUGAAUCGAGUUCACCACAAUUUGUCACAGAAGCAAUGGAGGAAAUAGUGACCAAGCUUAUCAUCUGAGGCCAAGAUUUCUUUACCUGAACCAGCGUUAGUAAGCUCACAUACGGCUACUGUUGGGAUGAUCUUUGAGCUGCUUCAGCUGUGAAAGCAGUUUGGAUACACGGAUGUACGGACUGGCGGACUGUUCAUUUCAUAUGAUGUGCUAGUGUUGCUUCUUCGACCGUGUGCAGCGACACUGUUGACCUCCGGCAAAUGAUCUGGUCCAUCUCGUCGUCAGCACCAUGGGUAAUAUAUACGACAAGGUCCAACUUGGAGAUCAUGACAUUGAUGACCUGGAAAUGCAGGUGGUGCGAUACAAGCCGGAGGGGAUUGACGUCCUCUGCCGCAACACCAAGUUCACACGCAAGGAACUGCAGAUAAUGUACAGGGGAUUCAAGCAGGAAUGUCCCACAGGGAUUGUCAAUGAGGAGACGUUCAAGGAGAUAUACGCUCAGUUCUUUCCUCAGGGAGACUCCAGUGACUAUGCCCAUUACGUCUUCAAAACAUUUGACCAUGACAACAAUGGUUCAAUCAGCUUUGAGGAGUUUGUAAUGGGUCUGUCGGUGUUGUCAAGGGGCACUCUGCAGGAGCGGUUACAGUGGGCCUUCAACCUGUACGACAUUAAUGGCGAUGGCAUUAUCACAAAGGAUGAAAUGUUAGACAUUGUGUCCGCCAUCUACGAAAUGAUGGGGCGGUACACGGAACCAGUCGUGGAUGAAACGUCGGCCAAGGAACAUGUAGAACGGGUAUUCCAGAAAAUGGACAUGAACAGAGAUGGUGUUAUAUCCUUAGAAGAGUUUAUGGAUACUUGUCGAAGGGAUGAGAACAUAACGAAAGGAAUGGCAAUAUUUGACACAGUUCUUUGACAAUUACCGAACAGUCCUAACGGUGGUGGAAGUGGCAGCAAGUUGUUCGAGCAACGUCUGGCUAUUGAGGAGAAGCUACGUCUCGACACCAUGGACCUCCUGUACAUAGACCUGUAGCCCACCUGGCACUUCCACAGUUGCCACCGAUAAAACUGCCCCUCAUAGGGGUUGCAACAACCCCACCAUCAUGCUCAAAGCUGGCCCUUUGUCCCCGUUAAGGACUAUCCCCCGUUUGAUUCCCAGGAGAGGAGGUUCCCUUGCAGGGAAUGUUGAGGAGAGAAUAGUAGACUCCAGUACAUUAUCAUUUCACAUUCUUAUGGAUGGGCCGCGACGUGGUCGUUCCACGUCAUUUCGAUCCAACCUUUUAUUCUGCACUCGCAUGGAUUUACCUUACGUACUAAUGGCCAUCUGAUGACUAGUGUAUCUUUGAGUAGCAUCCAGUUGUAUUCAGGAAUGGGUGCAGGGUACAGGUGAAGGAAAUAGCAUCAUGGGACACAAGGCAAGGAGAUUCAGAAGUGGAAAAGGGGGUUGAUGGAUCAAUCUGUUCCCGGAGCUUGUGAAUAUCAAUUAUGGUGGAUGUGUUGUUGUUGUUACCCAGUUGAAUGUGAUAAUUUAAAGAUUUGCUGAAAAACAGAUCCACCAGCAAGACUACCUCUGGUGUCUGUUUCAACAGAUGUCUGCUGUGAAUGGCGUCUGCUCCAACAGACGUCUGCCGUGAAUGGCGUCUGCUCCAACAGACACCCGUCUGUUCCUUAUGUAGUAUACAGCCACUCAUGACUCAUUCCAAGAGAGGAGCGGAAGAGCCCCUUUAACAAACAUAACAGUGUAGCAGUAAGUUCAGUGACGACAAAUGGUGACCCCCGGAAUGUUGUCCAGGAAGUGUGUGUGUCAUGGACAGAUUUCAAACUGGUUCAAAAGAUCUUUACUGCCUGUGCGUCUCACAGAGAAGUUCAGUCCAUGUUAAGGUUUUGACAUUAUUAUUGGGGGGAGGGAUGACUUGUAUGUGUUUCAACUGAAUGAAAAAUAUACAUGUCCACUUUUUUACCUUGUACAAGUUACUAAUUAACAGUAUGAACAUUGAGAACCACUCUCUGAUAUCAGUGUUUGUCAUAUGUAACCCUACUCAUCACAGCACAAUAUGCCCUUACUCUGUUGUCCUAUGUGGUCUGUCAUGGCCAGCAGCCAUAUUGUUCCUGUUGUCAUGGAGACAAGAGUAUCAGAUGCCUACCAGAAGGGAGAUCCACACAUGACCUUGUUGGGUAACCGCCUAUUGUUAAGAUUUGCCCUAUCCAUAUCUAAGUAGGCAGUGUUGGUAUUUCUUGUUGUAGUGAUUCUUGAGAAGUUAAAACGUCAAAUAUUAAAGUUCUUCAAAGCUAGAUUUCAGCAAACUGAAGAAAAUAAAAGGUGUUGUUAAUUUUACUGUUCCAAAGUUAAUAGAAUGCAAAAGAAGUUAAUGAUGGUACUUUUUCUCAGUGAGCAUAGAUGUUUAGCUUGAACAGAUCCUAUAUAAACCAUGUUCGAUCAGAGCUGAUGCAACAUAGGUUUAUAUGUUACAUGAUACAAUGUCAGAAGUGUACUAUGCCAGAUAAAAGAUAUACACAAAUGCACAUGGAUUUUCUGUGUGUUCAGAUAUGACAAUGUCAGAAGUGUACUAUGCCAGAGAAACAUUAUAUACAAGUUCCCAUGGAUUUUCUGUAUGUUCAGAUAUGACAAUGUCAGAAGUGUACUAUGCCAGAGAAAAAUUAUAUAAGUUCCCAUGGGUUUUCUCUAUGUUAAGAGUUGACACAUGAAACUUUAUCUUUACUUGUUAAGAGUCUAGCUAUUUGACUUGCCAUUGGCUGUCUUGUACAAAUAUAUACAAGUAGGUUAGCCAGCAUGUACAGAUAUCAUUUCAUCAGAAGUUUGAUGUGACGCACAGCUUGUCACAUCCCAACUGACCCUGUCACCCUUCAAGUUACACACCGAGAGUCUGAUGGUGGUCACAAGAUGGACCUAAUUGUCACACAAAUAUGUCAUAGAAACUAUUUCUUUGUAACUUCUGAACUCAUGAGGGUAAAUGUUUUGCAUGUAUCAAUAGCGGGAACUUUGGUGUACUCCCCACAACCUUGGACCUUGUGUAAAAAUAUUAGACAUAAACGUCCGAGAAUAACCAGUCCUGAUUAUAUGUUCAAAGAGAUUCCACUGGGCAUAAAAGUGAGAAUUAUAUGAAUGGAUCACUGAAAAUUGGUGAUGACACCAGGUGCUCACAAAAAGGGUAGGCCUGUCCAUUCAGCUUGUAAAAUCUUGUACACCCAUGAUACAUGGAACUGGUGCCCCUGUCUACAUCACUUCCUGUCUGUUUACAUCACUUCCUGUCACAUGACAUCUAGACUACCCCUCUCCACACAGACAAAGAUGGACCUCAAGUUCUUGCCCUUGUUUGCUAAUUGUUUUACACAACGUUGGAAACUAAUGAUAUUUCUAAAACCUGAUGAAGUGUGAGACAUGAACAUAUGAGUGUUUUGUUAAUGCACAGUAAUGUAUAAAAGUAAAAUUAAAGAUAAAGAAGUUAUGUCGAUAUGUAUGUCUAUCAGAGUAUUUUUAAAAUAUUUUUAAGUAUGUUGCAGAGUUUAUGUGAGUUGACAGUGUAUAAGAAAAGGUGUUUAUUGGAUGAUAUUAACCAUUGGCUUUGCUGUCGGAGUUUGUUAGAGACCAACUUGUCAUACCCUACUGACAUUCCCAACAUGUGUUUCGCGAACAGCAGUGGCUGUACCAGACAAAACCGCAUGUCCCAAUCCUAAAUCAUGUAGAACUACCGGGUACCCAGUUUUCUGCUGUUACUAUGGAGAUGAUUAUUAACUCAGGUGCCAAUCAAAUGUGUUUAGGAGAUAUGAGAGCUAAUAGUCUUUCAUAACGAUGCCACUAUGACAGCUUUGUUUCAGUGUAUAUAUAGCAACAAAUAUAUAACUAUGUUUUAGAUGCAAAUAAUAGAAUUAUAGGUAAGUAUGGGUUAACAUUUGUAAAUAUAAAAAUGAUAUUAUUUAAGAAAUGUUGACAUUAAGUACAUUUUUUAAUAAAAAAUAAAGCUAAAAAAAUAGUUUUUCUCAUAAAAGAAUUUUCUGCUUAUACUGCAGCCAAUAUCAUAUUUUCCUGUAAACAGCUGCAUAGGUAGAUGUGUGCCAUAGAGAGAUUCUCAAGAAUAGCAGGAAAAGAUUGUAUCAUUAUGUGUAUCUAAUUAAGAGUGUUAGUAUUUUAAACAUUGCACGGGUUCUUAUAAUAGAUUGAGGCAUGGUUGUUAUAGGCGAGAGUGUCCUAAGAAUGGUCAGAAAUAUUUUAGAUUGUAGCUGUGAAGAUGAUAUAAUAUUUCAUAUUAAUUACUUGGUUUACAGAUAUGAUCCACAAUAUUUAAUAAAGAUGUAGUAUAAAGACAAAAGUCCCUUAUUCUACCAGAGGAAAUUGUAAACUGAUUUAGUUAACAGAAAAUGUUCAAACUAUGUCAGUAAUUUAGCAAAAAACCUUUUUGCUUUGACCCACAUUCCAAAAUUAUUGUUUUUUGUUCCUUAAGGCAUUAUAUUUAACUGUGAUCCAACAGAAAAAAUAAUGGCCUUAUUUCAAGCACCAACCUUGGAUUGCCUGUUUUCGAAGAUCUGUAAACCAAGUGAUUUAGAGACCUGAGUUUCUUUGGCCUCCAGCCGAUACAGUCAGCAUGCUUCCUGAGAGUCUUUGAGUACUGUAGAAUCUACUUGUGCUGUUGGUAAUUUUUCUUGGUUUACGUAGAGACAGUAUGUUGUCAGAGUGGACAAGGAAAGGAGAAGAUUGUACUGAAACAUUUUCAAAGUUGCUAUGAAAAUUUCUUGAUAUAUAGAUCUAUUUAAUAGUUUCAUGAGGUAAACAUUUUAAGAUUUGCGAGUAUUUCUAAGAGCUUGUAUGGGUCUGGUAUUGCUCCUUUGACAUCGAAGCUGCCCUGGUUAAACACUGAGCGGUAUAGCCCCCUGUAUAUUGCCCAUCCCCUUCUUGAUCAACAAAUCACUCCCUUGGAACAUCAUCUGUACCAAAUUCCAAGAUUUUAGAUUUCAAUUUUUUCUAACUUCAUAACAAUCUAGUCAUCACUUGCUGUAACAUAAUGCUGAAUUGGUGUAUUUUACCACAUUUAUAUAAACUCACGUUUCCACGACGUUCCGUGCUCCACCGUGUCUCCGAUAUAUACUUCCUUCACAAACUGCCCUUUAUCACCAUGGUAACAUCCAUUGUACAUAUGCUCUACUGUCUAUACACUGCUCAAUGCUCUCUACUCUAAGCUCUCUAAUAUGACUGAAUUAUUCAUAUAACCUUUAUACUGAACAUGCAUUUGUGUAGUCGUCAAAGCCCUAUGCUCUGUGUUCUUCAGAAGGUGAAUGGUCAAUGCUGUCCUCUCAAGUCAAAGCUCUGUAUUUUAUUCUGUGAAGUAUGUAAUUUAUGCUCUGUGCUGUAAUGUACUGUUUCUAUGCGCUACAGUGCAUGCUUUAUUUCGUGUGGUCUGUAUUCUAUACUUUAUGAUUACAUCUCUCAUAAAACCUGUGGACUAUGCUGAAAAUGCAUCAUUUCCUAUACUCAAUACUAUUCAUGGAUGGCCAUAUUCUCAGUGCUCUCUACUGAAGGCUCUACAUAUCCUCUGCUAUAAAGUCUAUAUAUCAUAUGCAAUGCUGUAUAGAUUCUAUGGCAUAAGAGGUAUAUAUCAUAGACUACGCUCUGUUGAUAUUAUGGUAUAACAUCUAUCUAUCAUAGACAAUGCUCAAUAGAUCCUUUGGCAUAAGGUCUAUAUACCAUAGGCAACACUCUAUAGAUAUUAUGGUAUAACAUCUAUAUAUCAUGGACAAUGCUCAAUAGAUCCUAUGGCAUUAGGUCCGUAUAUCAUAGGCAGUGCUUUAAUGCAUUUUUUGUACUUAAUGCUCAGUACUCCUUACAGAGCUUUCUAAGUAUUACCAUUGUAAAAUGUGACGUUGCUGCUGCAGGAGAUGGUGCCUAGGGCUGUUCGUCUCCAGGGCAUCCUCUCAGAGCAAAUCUAGAAGUCGUGUUUUCUGUUUCCUGUUUGAUAUUUAUUCUUACAGUAGCUGAAUGCCUGAAUCGGUCAUGUCACUGUUCUUUGUCUUGGAUGUUUGGUUGAUGUUACUACCAUGUUAUGUGGGGGCAUGGGAGGUCUGAAGAAGCACAACAAUUUACUGUGUAGAAAUGCAUCCCUUAGCCAUGCCAAAAUCUGCCAAUCUUGGGUUUGAUUAUCAGCUUCAUUGUGAUUAUGAUCUGUGGCCUGUCAGACCAAUGCCCAUGUGGAGUUCACCAAAGUGUACCAAAAGACCUGAUUCACUUUGUGCUUUCCUCCCACUCUAAUUUUGACAUGAUAUAUUUUUGUUCAGAUUUUAACCCAAUUCUCAUGAUAUAUAUUCAUUGUUUUGGUAACGAGGGUUUAUUCUUUCACCUAAUUCUCUUUGGGCCAGCUUUUCCUGCUCCUGUUUGUAGGUGAAGGUCACUGACUAGUAGUAAUUCUUACCCAUUGUGAUGUGCUCCAGGACCAAUUCAUCACUCCACUUCAAAUCCUUGUUUAAACUUGGCAAGAAAGAUCAUCGGUAGACAUUCUGGUACAAUGAUGCAAAUAUUGACAAGGAUUGAGAAAGAUCCUGUCUUAAAUUGUCUUAAUAUUGAUUCUUGUCUUUUCAAUUCUGAUUUAGUUUGUGUCAGAUUGGUGUUAUUUGAUUUGGUUAAGUACUCUUUCUCCUCCGUGCUUUCACUACGAGUAUGUUACUGCUUUUCAAUCUCCUUAGUGACUUUACUUAGAAAUGGGUUCCAAGCUCUCCAGUAAAUACCUUCCCACUGCUUGGAUCCCUGAUUCCACUCCAUCACUCCAGCAGGUUGAGCUCCACUCCAUGUGGCGUGGAUGUCUUAGACCUCACUAUGCACCAACAUCACUUCUCCACCCUAGCUUCAAAUAUUUUGACAUUUUUCCAUUGAUUUGUCAAGAUAUUAAAUUAAACAAAUAAAAUGUUGAAUUUUACACAUUGAA